AACACAAAUGUAACUUGCACUUACAAACGAUUCGUUUUCUUACCCGCAGAGCACUUAUCCGAUGUAAACGACGUCUUGUUCUAAACUAUAGCACUAAUCCCAAGCUAUAUCUCACUGACCAUGACGGCUGCAGCUCGGAUUGUGGCAGCUGGUGGCCCAGCCUCGUUGUCCCGAUUUCGUGGUGCGUUAGUUGGUGCAGUUUUGGGAGACUGUUUAGGUGGAGACUUUGAAGGCGCAGAAGAUGUCCCGUUGGACCGAGUACUUCAACACUUACAAGAUGACACUCGUGGUGAUGGGACCCUGCAAUACAGUGACGACACUGCUAUGUUGCGCUGUGUCGCUCAGUCCCUGCUGAACAGGGCUGGGUUUGAUGAACAAGACAUGGCGCGGAGAUUUGCUAAAGAGUAUAGUUUGGCUCCUGGGCGGGGUUACGGCGCAGGUGUCAUUCAGGUGUUAAAGAAACUUGCAUCGCCUCAGCUCAGCGAUGUCUACCAGCCCGCGCGAGCUCAGUUCGGUGGCCGUGGAUCCUUCGGGAACGGGGGAGCUAUGAGAGCAGCGCCCUUCGCCCUUGCCUUUAAAAACCCCGCAGAGGUCAAAAGGUGUUCGAGACUUGGAGCGACGCUGACUCAUUCCUGCGCUAUUGGCUACAAUGGUGCUGUACUGCAGGCCUUGGCUGUCCAUCUGUCGCUGCAGGGGGUUCUCGCCACGCCCCAGGAAUUCAUCAACAAACUCAUCUCUGAGAUGGAGGAGGUCGAGAACGACGAGACAGCUCGGAGCGACGCCAGAGCACUAAAUGAGUCAGAGUUCCCAUUUUGUACUCGUUUGCACAAAGUGAAGGAGAUGGUGGAACGGAACAGCGUGAGCAUAGAGGAGGUUAUAUCUGAACUGGGGAACGGCAUUGCAGCGCUGCACUCGGUUCCCACUGCCAUCUUCUGUGUUAUGCAUUGUCUUGAGCCUCGGGAAGGGUUACCGGAGCAGUACGGUGGUUUUGAGAGGACAAUAGCCUACAGUUUAGCUUUGGGGGGAGACACAGAUACCAUAGCAUGCAUGGCAGGAGCUAUCGCUGGCGCGCACUACGGCGUCGAUUCUGUUCCUCAGACGUGGCAACGCUGCUGCGAAGGAGCGGUGGAAGCCGACUCGCUCGCCGAGCACCUGCACAAUAUGUACCACCGGACGCCGUCCGACGGGGACGGUGUGUCUGUGAGCUCCAGCAAUGAGAAACGUUCACACUCCAGCACUCAACAGCCAAAACAGACUGACUGAACCUGACUGAACUUUGUUUUUGAUGCGCACAGACAUGCAUGUACACAUGCUCUCAAUAAUGUGCUUGUUACCACACACAGAUAUGCACACACACAUAUACACACACACACACACGCAUAUACACAUACUCAUACAAGCUCUCAGAAUCAUACCUUUCAAGAUAUUUACUGUAGUGUCAUGUUACGGGCAUCAGCAUACAUGAAUUUUGUUUAACUCAUGUGUAUGUUGUCUUUGUUGGGAGAAAGUUUA